AAAAUGUGAAAUAGGGGACAUUUUGGUAGUGAAGAAAAAAAAAACAUUUUCUGCUGUUGAAAUAUUACAAAAUUACCCAGGAUGGAAAGACUUUAAUCUGUGGAUCUGUGUUGACGCGCCGUGCAAUGGCCGCAGGCAUUGCUGACGCAGCAGAUGCCAAAACUGAAGUUGACUCCUGAUAUUUAUGACGGCUUUAUUUCCUUUUAGCUUCAGCAGGACUAGUAAGGACCGUGUGUACGUGCGAGUGUUGUAGAAACACAGCCUCCAUAUGUCACGGUAAAGUAUGGACGGGUGGAGCCCUAUUGUUGCAGCACCCUCGGAUAAUGACCGAUCCAGCUCCGAGGGGGAGUACAUGGUGGAGCCCGGACCCGAAGAAGAAACCCGGGAGGCGGCGGACGGAGAGCAGCGGGGUAACGUUGACAGGAUGGACGACGUAGGCACUGCUGCUGUCGGGUUUGGGAUAAGUGGUAUUGGUGAGGGCAAAGUGGUGUUGGGACGAGUCGGACAGAGAGACGACAAAGAACUCAGGUACCUGCACUUGUUGUGGGAGCCCGGACGGGCAGAGGUCGGUGGUGGUGCAGGUGGUGUAGCGAAUAGACUGGGGAAGAUGACGGGGACCAGGGCCAGGCGACACCACAGAGCCGUGCGGAACCUGGGUCCCAUUGGUAAAGAUAUUUAUGCUGUGAAAAGACUGAGGGAAGCAGCGAACAGCAACGAUAUCGACACAGUUCGAAAGCUUCUGCAAGAUGACAUAGACCCCUGUGCAGCAGAUGACAAGGGAAGGACAGCUCUUCAUUUCUCUUCCUGCAAUGGCAAUGAGAGCAUUGUGCAGCUGUUGCUGAGCCAUGGCGCUGACCCAAACCAACGAGACAGUCUGGGAAAUACCCCCCUCCAUCUGGCGGCCUGUACUAACCAUGUGCCUGUAAUCACCACAUUGCUUAGAGGAGGAGCCCGUGUGGAUGCCCUGGACAGAGCAGGUAGGACCCCGCUGCAUCUAGCACGCUCCAAACUCAACAUUCUGCAGGAGGGAGAUUCACGCAGCUUAGAAACCCUGAGAGGGGAAGUCACACAGAUUAUUCAAAUGCUGAGGGAAUACCUGAACUUAAUGGGCCAGAGUGAAGCUAAAGAGAGACUGGAACAUAUUUCGACACAGCUGCAACACACACGCACCAAAGAGCAGGUGGAUGAGGUGACUGAUUUAUUGGCCAGUUUUACAUCGCUCAGUCUACAGAAACAGAAUUUGGGGGAUAGGUAGAAGAUAAAGUGUGUGGAGAGCUGAUGUCCUGCUCCUUAUCAAGCAAGCCUCUGCUCCACUAGCCUUCGCCAGACAAGCAAUUCUGAACCAUGAUGAUGUGGUUUUCUGUCCAUAAUCGAAACACAGUGCUACUGUACUGGAGAGUAGCAUUUGAAUACCUUGUCUUUUUACAAAAUACACUGAGAACAGGAAGCUAGUGCUCAAUUGUGUGUGUGUGUGUGUGUGUGUGUGUGUGUGUGUGUGUGUGUGUGUUUUAUAGCAGUGUCUAUGCGCUGAUAUGCUCUCUUGUUGCCUGUCAUUGUUAGCCAAGUUGUGUGAUCAUUAUGAGAUGUAUCUCUCUUGAAAUGAUUUAACAGUUUUCACUGUUGUCACUUUGGAUUUCUUAUCAGCUGCAUCUUUGGAUCAUCAUGCCUUUUCUCUUGUGCUGCAUGCUAUGUUUGUAUGUGAACUGUAUUGUAAAACUUGAUUUGGCUGUUGUUGUAAGUGGAUAUAUGUGAGUCAAUAAAUCAGUAUCUUUGGA